AUGAGGGAGAUCAUCUACAUCCAAGCAGGCUCAUUCGCAAACUACGCCGGAACGCAUUUCUGGAACACGCAGGAGAGCUAUUUCACAUACAACGAUGACGAUGAACCUAUUGUAAACCACGACCUUUCGUUCCAUGAAGGACGAAGUCCUCAGAAUCAGCCAACUCUUUGUCCACGCCUGCUGGCAUUCGAUCAGAAGUCAAACUUCGGAACACUCGCAAAAACGAGCCAGGUUGAUGAAGCUACCGAUGCUUCACUUGAUACAACCUGGCGAGGACGGGUAGUUCGUGAGACACAAGAUCCGAUCCCUCAAAGCGAAUAUCACGCCCGUCUUGAAGGCGAAAUAGAAGAAAACGACGAUCUGGAACGCACAGACCCAAAUAUCAGAUACUGGUCAGAUUAUAGUCGCGUUUUCCUCGAUCCAAAAUCUAUACAGCCCAUCCCUGACGCACUUGAAAGUACUGAGGCUGGGUGGAGUGUUGGUCAAGAUCUCUUCCGGCGAUAUAAUGAGGAUACAGAGCUCAUGGAAGGGGCGCUUCGUCUGCUCGUCGAGAACUGCGAUAACUUCCAGGGAUUGCAAAUGAUGCACGAUACACCAACCUUUGGGGGUUUCUCGCAUGCUUUCCUGACUUCCUUCCGUGACGAGUUUCUCAAAGCUUCUACACUAAACUUUAGCUUCCUUUCGGGUGCAGACCCGAAUCAUGCCUGCAUCGACAAUCCUCCAUCAGCUCUCGAUAUCAUUUUCCCAAUCUUAAAUCCAUCCCAAUGGUCUACGUUGGAAAGUAACUUAUCCCAGGGACUUGCCUAUGAUAAAAACAGCUUGUAUCAUACGUCUGCAGUAAUGUCGUCGCUGGUAGAGACCGCUACGCUGCCACUGAGACUUAAAGGCAGUCGGGAGGACAUUGCAAUGAUCGCUGACCACUUGAACUGGCGGAAAUGUUCUCGAUUGGGACAACUGGACGGCAUAGUCUCCCUACCUUUUCCUGCGACAGAGGCAGCAUUCACCGAUCUGUACUGCAACUUCUCGACUGGUUUGUCAAAUAAGGACGAGCAUUCAGUUUUUGCGAGGCGAAACGUAACUCGAGGGCUGCAAGAUCAAGACCUGGUAGCAUUCGAUGCAUUGUGUGACUUGUCAUCGCUACAGGAACCUCUAAUUUCCAGUAUUCACGCACCUGCUUAUCCUGUGCCGACAUCCUUUCCGUCCAUAUUCCGGCACACUAAACCAACGUCGAUGAGGAUGACUUCAUCGCUUGUCACAUCACCUUCUACAUCGAUCCUGCUUACGGGGUAUGCUAGGUUUGUGGAACAAACUGCCAGGACGCGAAGGGGUGAUGGUGUGCUUAUGAGCAUGGGCCUGGAGAGCGAUGACGUGAAAGAGCUUGCUAGUGCAUUGUGGGAGAUCGUCGAUGGGUACGGGAAUGACUGA